AUGCGACACAAGCACUAUCUAUCUAUCUGUCUAUCUAUCUAUCUAUCUAUCUAUCUAAGUUUAUUCCUAUCUAUCGAUGUACACAACACGUGCACGUGGAGGUCGAAUCAGAAAUCAAAUAUAAAUAUCACACAUCUAUCUAUCUAUCUAUCUAUCUAUCUAUCUAUCUAUCUAUCCCUUCCAAUCUGUUCAUAUCUAUCUAUCUAUCUAUCUAAGAUCGCUUCAGUCUGGACUGGAUUAGUUCUAUCUAUCUAUCUAUCUAUCUAUCUCUUCCACUAUGUUCAUAUCUGUAUGAGUAAGAGUGUCAUCUCAUUUCACUUUUAUUUUAUCUAUAAGCAUGUUUAUUCUGAACAUGCGAGAGAACACAAAGCGGCAACCAAGUGCAGUAACAAUAGGGAUUACCUGUACGAUGUCUAUCUCCCUCUUACUCUCUCUCUCUCUCUCCUACACUCUAUGUUUCUCGCUCUCUUAAUCUUUCCCUCUCUCUAUCUCUUUUUUGCCAUCGCUCUCUAUCUAUCUCACUCGCAAUCUCUCUAUAUCAGUCAGUGUCUUUCUUGCCCUCUCUCUGUUACUCUCGCAAUGUUCCUCUCACGCAAGCUCUCUUUCUCCCUCUCUCUCUCUCUCUCUCUCUCUUGA